UACUUGAUCACCAACCACCAUCAACUCUCUAGCUCUAUCUCUUGCUACCUGGCUUCUGCCGCGGCAAUGAGCUUAACUUUUGUGUUUAUUCUGUGGAUGACCUAGCUGCGGUGUCGUGGGAUGAUUUGUCGUUCCGUUUGUUUUGUCAAUAGAACCUGGUCGAAGGCUUUGCCAUCGACCUCUUACACUUCGCUUCGUCACUGUCAGCAACAAUAGAGCACGGCCUCCUUCCUAGCAUAUUGCAGACAAAGCAUAACCAACUCAAUACCCAUACAAAAAUCCGAUGACAUUCUACUUCCUCUUGCCAAUAUACUCUGGACUGAAUUAUUCCGGGAAGAGUGGAAGACACGGUACUUGGCAUAAGACAGAACACACUUUGAACUUCCGUCGAACUCGAAGGAUGGUCGGUUCAUCUCAUACAUACAUUGUAUCCUAAGUUUGUUCGACUGUUUCAUGGACAAAUACCCUCAAUCAGAUUCACAUUCCUAUCGCCUUGACUUUGACAUUCUUGUCGGUGAAUGUUAUACCCCCACGAAAACGAGGUGAUCGGGCAUUGCGGAGAAUGGGAUAGAGAACAUAUGCGGUUGGGCAAGAUUGAGCUGGAUGAUCUGCCCACAUGAAACACUUUGUAUUACGCACUAUGAUUAAACACAAUUCUCGGGAUCCUAUUCCGAGUCGACGGACAUUGUCUCGUUUCUCGAUCUCGGGAAGAAUAUAUCACGAGAAACUGUAUUGUGAUAUACCUUUCGAAAUACCGUCGACAACCCGGUUAGCUCUCGAGUACUGAGUAACGGAUCGGCUACCAGAGGCAAUCCAAACUGCAUUCCUUGUCGGGAUAAAUCUUCAGCCGUUACUUCAACCCGGCAUGUCGGUAUCUCGUCGUAAUUGGCACAGCCCCCGAUUCCCGAACCAAAACUCGUUUCGGACACGACGCUUGCGUAGAGGCUUGUCGUCGCACUUAUCCGGCUUUUUCAGUCAAAUGCCGCCCAGAAAUCUACUCUGCGUCAGUAACUGUGUUACCCUCAGACAUGGAAUUGACUUGGAACGAUCUCAUAUAGGUCCUUUGUCCAGCCUCACCUCCGGAAAAAUCGACGAGGAGUCUGUAUCACAAUACAUUGCAUGCUUUCUCUCCAUUCUGCUGACAACGAGAUCGUGAGAUGAUCAAUCGCCCACAAACUUCGGAGUUCACUCUUUGGUAGCGCCACUUUCAGCCCCCUCUUCAGACUAUAAAGUCUAGGUAAUUUCUUUAGCAUUUCCUCAGGCUACUGUCUACUCUUCACUCGACUCAAGCUUUAAACAUGUUCUUCUCCACCAAAGCUCUUGCUCUCAUUGUCGCCUCUUUGGCUAUCGCUUCUCAAGCUUCCCCUGUCCCUGAGGAAGCUGCUACCAACGCCGAGGCCCAAAUUGGUCCAACCCAUACUGGCGACGCUACCUUCUACACCCCUGGUCUCGGAGCCUGUGGACGUAACAACAACGCCAACGAGCUAGUCGCUGCCGCAGCUGUAGGUGUCUUUGACAACUUCCCUGGACACACCGCCAAUCCCAACAAGAACCCCAUCUGUGGGAAGAAAGCUAAAGUCUCCUUUGGUGGAAAAUCAGUCACUGUCACCAUCGUUGACCGAUGCCCGGGUUGCGGAGCCUCUGGGAUUGAUCUUUCCCCCGCUGCGUUCCAGAAACUCGCGCCAUUGAGCAAGGGCAGGUUGCGGGGUGCCAAAUGGACCGUCCAAUGA